UGAUUUUAAUAAAAUUCGACCUUAAUUCAUGUGAAUCCCAAAGAUAAUUGUCAAAUAGUGUCACGAUCUAAGAAGAGAUAUAAGACAUUACGUAGUUCGUGAUUCUUACUAUUGUCUAUAGUCAUAGAAAGGAAAUAAACUAUCCAGUAUGAAGGUGGCACAAUUAGCUUGUUUUGUUGUAUGCAUUGCAGUUUGCGCGGCUCAAGGUUGGAGCUCCCAGUAUAGUUGUAGAGCCAUUGAAAGGUCUGACUGUUAUCAAUUUGGAGACCAUCCAGAAUGUGGAACCAACGGUGUAACCUACAGGAACAGAUGUGAUUAUGGUAAAGCUCACUGUGCUGAUAAAAACAUCCACGUUGCAUACCAGGGGGCGUGCAGCACAACUACAACAAUGGCACCAACUUCCGGUAGCGGAACCGGAACUGGCACAGGGGCAGGCACUGGACCAAUCAUAUCAGGUCCUGAUGCUGUAUUGGACUUCUUUUGCUUAGAACUAAGCCAUCACCCAUGUGGUGCAGACCUUGAAACCAUUUGUGGUUCUGAUGGAGUAACAUACAUAAACACAUGCGAAUUUGAAAAACAUCGUUGUACUCACAGAGAAAUAACAAUCGCCAAGUUUGAGAAGUGCUAAACGUGACGAAAAAAAUUAAAAGACAUAUUAUCUUUUAUACGGGAAAGAAAAAAAUUGAAUUGUUAUAUAAUGCCACAAAAUCCUUGCCCUAUUGGUGAAAUUCAGAGCAAUUAGAUUAGUGCUCUUCAUCUCAAAGUCAUUGAGUUUUUUCAUACUAAAUAAAAGCUUAGACAUAGCACGAGAAGACGGAUGCCAUUAACGCUUUGUGAAAAAUUCGUUACUAGAUAUAUUUUUAUCAAUCAUGGACUUUUGACGAGAUCAAUUAUGUAAAU